GGUGGGACUUCUGCAGUCGGGAGGAGUUCUCUCCAGAUAAAUGCUGCUCCAGGUUUUUUUCUGCACAAUUUAUGCAGUUCGUCGGCAGCACCGGUCUCAUUGUUUUUCCGCAUUUGUGAAAUAAAUCGUUCUUUGACAGAAAGGGUAAGGGGAAGACUUUAAUUGGAGGGUUUACCCCUAGCUUGCACGACCUGCAUGGUGAACGGGAGAGAAAAAAAGGUCUAUCUGCUCUUGCAUUUUUCCACAGCAUCUCUGUAAUCCCAUGGAAAGAGCCUUUAAAUGAUCUGAAAAAGAAGGACUGAUUGAGGUUUCCUAAUUCCCUGUUGCACCAAACGAAAACUCGUGUUAGGCCAUUGCUUAUAACAUGUCUUCAGCACAUGGGCGGGACAUAGCAAACUACCAUAUAAGUGUGGUUCGAAGCCCUCCCGCCUGGGAAGUAGGAAUUUACGUGGUGGGAUUCCUGACACUGCUUGGGGUGGUGGUAAUCAACCUGUGGAAACUGUGGAAAUCUGGCAGCUACCCAACACCCUCUCCCUUUCCUAACUAUGACUACCGCUACCUGGAGCAGAAGUACGGCAUGUCGUACACUGAAGUGAGACAAAAGAGGGUAGCAGCUUCAAACAAUAAAAAGACCCUGGAUAAGACCUCAUCCAGCCGAAAGUCCAGCCUACAGACUGAGGAUGCAUAUGAGAGCAUCAGCGAGCUGGGAACCCUGGAACUGAUGAGUCGAGACCUGGAUGUGACCCCCUAUGGACCGUUGCACAGGUCCGUUUCCACAGACUCCCUCUGCUCCAUCUCCUCUAUCGGCAACAACUUUGGCCAUGAUUUCACUCUGGGCCAGGUGGAGGUAAUCUUGGAGUAUGACCUCCACUCCAACAGUCUGUAUGUUACCCUGAUGCAGGGGAAAGAUCUCCUGGAGAAAGAAGAUGCCAGCUUCGUGUCCUGCUUUGUUCGUAUCAGCCUCCUGCCUGAUGAACAGAUUGUGGGCAUCUCCAGGGUUCAGAAGAAUGCCUUUUCAGUGUUCUUCAAUGAGAAAUUUUCAAUUUCAAUGGAUCCUUCUGCCCUAGAAGAGAACAGCCUGAGGUUCUCUGUUUUUGGCAUUGAUGAAGAUGAGAGGAACAUCAGUACUGGGGCUGUAGAGCUUAAAUUGUCAGAUUUGGACCUUUCCAUCAGGCCCUUCAAUGCCUGGUUGUACUUGCAGGAUGUUAACAAGGCAGUAAACUCAGUAGGCGAAGUCUUGCUGUCUCUCAGCUACCUGCCAACAGCGGAGCGGCUAACUGUGGUGGUGGCGAAAGCCAAGAACCUGGUGUGGACGAACAACAAGACAACAGCAGAUCCAUUUGUUAAAGUUUAUCUUCUCCAAGAUGGAAGGAAAAUUAGCAAGAAGAAGACAGUUGUGAAAAAAGAUGACACAAACCCAAUCUUUAAUGAGGCCAUGAUUUUCUCUGUGCCUGCCAUUGUAUUACAGGACCUGUCUCUCAGGGUCACAGUGGCAGAAUGCACUGAAGAUGGGCGAGGCGAAAACAUAGGACAUGUGAUCAUUGGGCCCGAAGCCAGUGGAAUGGGCAUUACACACUGGAAUCAGAUGCUAGCCACUUUAAGGAAGCCAGUUUCAAUGUGGCAUCCACUGAGAAGAAAUUAACUUCCUCCUGAUUUCACUAAGGUUAUAAAUAUGUUUGCAUGGUGCCUAAAGUCUAUAAAUCCAACUUUGUUUGAGUAUUAAGAAAGCAAAAAUAUUUUUUCAAGAAUACAGAAUGUCUACACUUUUGUUAUAUUUUGAAACUAGCUGUAUGUACUAUGGUAUUACAAUUAAAAUAUAACAGGUGGUUAGUUAUAAAGGUGUUAUAAGGAUUUUAUAAAAUAUAUUUAUCUUUAAAAGAACUAGGACCUAAUUAGACUAGGGAUCAUUUUCAGAUAGUGGAGUAAUAAUUAGCUGUAGUUUUUAGUUUGUCAAGUCCACCUUUUUAUUCUCACAUGUCUCACAAGCUGGGUUCCAGAGCAUUUUUACAGUUAAUGAAAUGAGAAUGGAAACUGGGGAGAAAUCACACAUUCUAAAGGAAAUACAGGAAUAAACACAGGAAAUACCAUACAAAAGGUGUACGUGUAACAUGUUAAUGAAAGCUUAAUGGUGCUUUGAAGCAAACAGAGAAAUAUCUGUUACCCUAUAGGAAACAAUUGUCUUUCAAUGACCAGCAUAGGCCUGCAUGAUCUUUACUUUUCAUUCCCAAUCAGAUAUUCAUUGACAGAGCAAUAGUCACACCAUGAGGACAGUUAAGACCAUUAAAUCUAACAGGGUAAAUAACUUCAGCAGUCAUUACAACUAACCAACUGGAACUUUGUUUUUAAGAUCUUAUACAUACACAGUAUAAUGAUUCACUAAUCAAACAUAAAAAUAUCAGUUUACAAAACAUAUUGAUUACCAUCUUGCAAUUUAAAUUUGUUUUGGUUGUUUUUCAUGUUUCUGCAGCUAGCCUUAGAAUAAACCUAAUAGAAAAGCUAUUUUUCAACUAUGGCCUCAGCCUUUAACUAUGCACCCUGCAGCAGAAAAUAUUACUGAUCUGUACUAAUUACAUUGUUUUUCAUAAUUUGCGAUUUUUCUAUUUCUCAUCCUGUGCCAAAUCUAAUAUGACUGAAGCAAUAGUUUCAGUGUGUGCAUUUUCACAUUUUAUGGACUAAAAUAUAGAUAGUUUUUCAGUGCAUGACAUUUUACAAAUAUCUUUUAUUGAAUGUGCCAUAAGAAAAUAUUGUGUUGGAUAUUCUUUUAAUUAAAUAAAAAACAUU